AUGGAUGAGGGGCGUGGCUUAGCGUCGGGGUGGGGCCUAGAGCUCAAGGAAGGGAUGCCUCAGGGGAAGGCCGGCGGCAUGGGGCCGGGUUUUGGCCCUGCGGGGGCGUGGCAGGAGGCGCGGGGGCGGGGUUUAGUUCUCUGGGUCGGGAGCCUCGGGGGCGGGGCGCGUGCUGCGGGGGCGUGGCAGGAGGCCCGGGGGCGGGACGUGCGCGGGAGGGCGGGGGCAGGGGGAGCGGGCCUCGCUGUCCCGAGGACUCGGCAGGACAGCAAGCGGGUGGCUGCGGGCGGCGCCGAGCGAGCCAGCGAGGGAGGACCGGCCAUGGGGCGGCGGGCGGCGGGCGCGCUGCUGCUGGCACUGCUGCUGCAUGGACCGCUGCUCUCGGUGACUCACAGUUUGAGGGCCUAUGAUGGCCUCUCUCUGCCUGAAGACACAGAGACUGUCACAAUGGGCCAGGUUGGCUGGACCUACACGUACCUUUCUGAUGAUGAGGACCUGCUGGCCGAUGAUGCGUCAGGAGAUGGCCUGGGCAGUGGAGACCUAGGCAGCGGAGACUUCCAGAUGGUGUAUUUCCGGGCCCUGGUAAAUUUCACUCGGUCCAUUGAGUUCAGCCCUCAGCUGGAGGAUGCAGGCUCCAAGGAGUUCCGAGAGGUGUCAGAGGCCGUGGUGGAUAAGCUGGAGUCAGAGUAUUUGAAGAUCGCCGGAGACCAGAUUGUCAGUGUGGUGUUUAUCAAGGAGCUGGAUGGCUGGGUCUUUGUAGAGCUGGAUGUGGGCUCAGAAGGGAACGCAGAUGGAGCUCAGAUUCAGGAGGUGCUGCACACGGUGGUCUCCAGGGGCUCCAUCGGCCCCUAUGUCAUCUCCCCCCGGGGUUUUCAGUUCCGACGCCUGGGCACAGCACAGACCCCCCCGCUGCCCCCAGCUGCUGUGGGGGUCGCAGUGACAUCAGUGCCCCAGUUCCCAAGAGUCUGCACUGAGACCGAGUUUGCUUGCCACAGCUACAAUGAGUGUGUGGCCCUGGAGUACCGCUGUGACCGGCGGCCUGACUGCAGGGAUAUGUCUGAUGAGCUCAAUUGCGAAGAUCUGGUCCCGGAACUUGGCUCCUUGCCACCUGCUGUGGUAAAGACGUCACCUCUACCACUCUGGCCAGAGGCAGCCACCACACGGCAGCCACCAUUCACGCCUGGGCCUCAGCCUCUGUUACCCAGUGUUGGUGAACUCAUACCCUGUGGACCCCAGGAGGCUGCAUGCCACAGUGGCCACUGCAUCCCCAAAGAGUACCUCUGUGAUGGACAGGAGGACUGCAGAGAUGGCAGCGAUGAACUGGGCUGUGGGCCUCCUCCACCCUGUGAGCCUAAUGAGUUCCCCUGCAGAAAUGGGCAUUGUGCCCUCAAGCUGUGGCGCUGUGAUGGUGACUUUGACUGUGAGGACCACACAGAUGAGGACAACUGCCCUGCCAAGCACCCCGAGGAAGUGUGUGGGCCCACGCAGUUCCGCUGUGUCUCCACCAACAUUUGCAUCCCGGCCAGCUUCCACUGUGAUGAGGAGAGCGACUGUCUUGACCGAAGUGAUGAGUUUGGCUGUAUGCCUCCCCAGGUGGUAACCCCUCCCCAGGAGUCCAUCCAGGCUUCCCGCGGCCAGACAGUGACCUUCACCUGUGUGGCCACUGGCGUCCCCAUACCCAUCAUCAACUGGAGACUCAAUUGGGGUCACAUCCCUGUUCAUCCCAGGGUGACAAUGACCAGUGAAGGUGGCCGUGGCACGCUGACCAUCCGAGAUGUCAAAGAGUCAGACCAAGGCGCUUAUACCUGCGAGGCCAUGAACGCACGUGGCAUGGUGUUCGGCAUUCCAGAUGGCGUGCUAGAGCUCGUCCCCCAGCGAGGCCCCUGCCCUGAUGGGCACUUCUACCUAGAGGACAGUGCCUCCUGUCUGCCCUGCUUCUGCUUUGGUGUGACCAACAUGUGCCAGAGCAGCCGGCGCUUCUGGGACCAGAUCCAGUUGCGUUUUGACCGGCCUGGUGACUUCAAGGGCGUGAAUGUGACAAUGCCCUCACAGCCUGGAGUGCCACCCCUGUCCUCCACCCAGCUGCAGAUUGACACGGCCCUGCAGGAGUUCCAGCUGGUCGACCUGUCUCGCCGCUUCCUCAUCCACGACUCUUUCUGGGCCCUGCCCAAGAAGUUUCUGGGCAACAAAGUGGACUCCUAUGGUGGCUUCCUACGCUACAAGGUGCGCUACGAGCUCGCACGAGGCAUGCUGGAGCCAGUGCAGAAACCUGAUGUGCUCCUCGUGGGUUCGGGAUACCACCUCCUCUCCCGAGGCCACACACCCACCCAUCCUGGAACUCUAAACCAGCGCCAGGUCCAGCUCUCAGAGGAGCACUGGGUACAUGAAUCUGGCCGACCAGUGCAGCGGGCAGAGAUGCUGCAAGUGCUAGCUAGCCUAGAAGCUGUGCUGCUGCAGACUGUAUACAACACCAAGAUGGCCAGUGUGGGGCUAAGUGAUGUUAUCAUGGACACCACCGUCACCCAUACCACCAACCACGGCCGUGCUCACAGUGUGGAGGAGUGCAGAUGCCCUAUUGGCUAUUCUGGUUUGUCCUGUGAGAGCUGUGAUGCCCACUUCACCCGGAUGCCUGGUGGGCCCUACCUGGGCACCUGCUCUGGCUGUAAUUGUAAUGGCCAUGCCAGCUCCUGUGACCCUGUGUAUGGCCACUGUCUGAACUGCCAGCACAACACAGAAGGACCUCAGUGUAACAAGUGCAAGGCUGGCUUCUUUGGUGAUGCCACAAAAGCCACAGCCACUGCCUGCCGGCCCUGCCCCUGCCCAUACAUCGAUGCCUCCCGCAGAUUCUCAGACACUUGCUUUCUGGACACGGAUGGCCAAGCCACCUGCGAUGCAUGUGCCCCAGGCUACACAGGCCGUCGCUGUGAGAGCUGUGCCCCCGGAUAUGAAGGCAACCCCAUCCAGCCAAGCGGGAAGUGUAGGCCAACCAACCAGGAAAUCGUGCGCUGUGACGAGCGGGGCAGCCUGGGCGCUGCAGGAGAGGCUUGCCGCUGUAAGAACAAUGUGGUGGGGCGCUUGUGCAACGAGUGCACGGAUGGCUCUUUCCACCUGAGCACGCAGAAUUCCGACGGCUGCCUCAAGUGCUUCUGCAUGGGAGUCAGUCGCCAAUGCAGCAGCUCUUCCUGGAGCCGUGCCCAGGUGCUUGGGGCCUCUGAACAGCCCACCCAGUUCAGUCUGACCAAUGCUGCAGGCACCCACACCACCAGUGAGGGCAUCUCGUCCCCUGCGCCCGGGGAGUUGCUCUUCUCCUCUUUCCACAGCCUCCUGUCAGGUCCCUACUUCUGGAAUCUUCCCUCCAGCUUCCGGGGUGACAAGGUGACCUCCUAUGGAGGAGAGCUGCGCUUCACUGUGACCCAGUGGCCUCGACCCAGCUCUGCACCCUUGCAUGGGCAGCCAUUGGUGGUACUGCAGGGCAAUGGCAUUGUUCUGGAGCACCAUGCUUCAAGGGAGCCCAGCCCUGGCCAGCCCAGAGAUUUCACUGUGCCCUUCCGAGAGCAAGCAUGGCAGAGGCCUGAUGGGCAGCCAGCCACACGGGAGCACCUGCUGAUGGCGCUGGCAGGCAUCGAUGCCCUCCUCAUCCAAGCAUCCUUCACCCAGCAGCCAGCUGAGAGCAGGGUCUCUGGCAUCAGCAUGGACAUGGCUGUGCCUGAGAACACUGGCCAGGACCUGGCGCUGGAGGUGGAGCAGUGUACUUGCCCACCUGGGUAUCGUGGCCCUUCCUGUCAGGACUGUGACACAGGAUAUACACGCAUGCCCAGUGGCCUCUACCUGGGCACCUGUGAGCACUGCAGUUGCCAUGGCCACUCGGAGGUCUGUGAGCCUGAGGCAGGUGCUUGCCAGGGCUGCCAGCAUCACACAGAAGGUACUCACUGUGAGCAGUGCCAGCCAGGGUACUAUGGAGAUGCUCAGCGAGGCACGCCACAGGACUGCCAGCCCUGCCCAUGCUACGGAGCCCCGGCUGCCAACCAGGCCUCUCACACUUGCUUCCUGGACACAGAUGGCCACCCAACCUGUGACUCAUGCUCCCCAGGCCACAGCGGGCGGCACUGUGAGAGGUGUGCCCCAGGUUACUAUGGCAACCCUAGUCAAGGCCAGCCCUGUCGCAGAGAUGGUCAGAUGCCGGAAGUGCCAGGCUGUGGCUGUGACCCCCAGGGCAGCAUCAGCAGCCAGUGCGAUGCCUCUGGUCAGUGCCAAUGCAAGGCUCAGGCAGAAGGCCUCACUUGUAGCCACUGCCGGCCCCAUCAUUUCUACCUGAGUGCUAGCAACCCAGACGGCUGCCUGCCCUGCUUCUGCAUGGGUGUCACCCAGCAGUGUACCAGCUCUUCUUAUACACGUCACCUGAUCUCCACCCGAUUUGCCCCUGGGGACUUCCAAGGCUUUGCCCUGGUGAACCCACAGCGAAACAGCCGCUUGACAGGGGGCUUCACCGUGGAACCAGUGCCCGAAGGGGCCCAGCUCUCUUUUGGCAACUUUGCCCACCUCGGCCAUGAAUCCUUCUACUGGCAGCUGCCAGAGACAUACCAGGGAGACAAGGUAGCAGCCUAUGGUGGGAAGCUGAGGUACACCCUCUCUUACACAUCAGGGCCUCAGGGCAGCCCACUCUCUGACCCCGACAUCCAGAUCACGGGCAACAACAUCAUGCUGGUAGCCUCCCAGCCAGCACUGCAUGGCCCCGAGAGGAGAAGCUACGAGAUCAUCUUCCGAGAAGAGUUCUGGCGGCGGCCGGAUGGGCAGCCAGCCACCCGUGAGCACCUGCUCAUGGCACUGGCAGAUUUGGAUGAGCUCCUAGUUCGGGCUACGUUCUCUUCAGUGCCACGGGCAGCCAGUAUCAGCACUGUGAGCCUGGAAGUGGCCCAGCCGGGUCCCUCUAGUGGACCCCAAGCUCUUGAGGUGGAGGAGUGCCGCUGUCCCCCAGGCUAUGUUGGUUUGUCUUGCCAGGACUGCGCCUCAGGGUAUACGCGCACUGGGAGUGGGCUCUACCUUGGUCACUGUGAGUUGUGUGAAUGCAACGGCCACUCGGACCUGUGUCACCCGGAGACUGGUGCCUGCUCGCAAUGUCAGCACAACACUGCCGGAGAGUUCUGUGAGCUGUGUGCGCCUGGUUACCAUGGAGAUGCUACAGCCGGGACGCCUGAGGACUGCCAGCCCUGUGCCUGCCCUCUGACCAACCCAGAGAACAUGUUCUCCCGCACCUGUGAGAGCCUGGGAGCUGGGGGGUACCGCUGCACUGCCUGCGAACCCGGCUACACCGGCCAGUACUGCGAGCAGUGUGCUUCAGGCUACUCGGGUAACCCCAACGUGCAAGGAGGCCAGUGUUUGCCACAGAAGGGAGACCAGGACACGGCAGAGGGAGCCUCGCUGGUGGUCCAGGUCCAUCCCUCUCGGAGUGUGGUUCCCCAAGGUGGCUCGCACUCCCUACGGUGCCAGGUCAGUGGAACUCCACCCCACUACUUCUACUGGUCCCGAGAGGAUGGGCGACCCAUGCCCAGCAGCGCUCAGCAGCGACAUCAAGGCUCUGAGCUCCACUUCCCUAGUGUGCAGCCCUCUGAUGCUGGUGUCUACAUCUGUACCUGCCGGAACUUGCAUCAUACCAGCAAUAGCCGGGCUGAGCUGCUAGUCACUGAAGCUCCUAGCAAACCCAUCAUAGUGACGGUGGAGGAGCAGCGGAGCCAGAGCGUGCGCCCUGGAGCUGACGUCACCUUCAUCUGCACAGCCAAGAGCAAGUCUCCCGCCUAUACCCUGGUGUGGACCCGCCUACACAAUGGAAAGCUGCCCUCACGUGCCAUGGACUUCAACGGCAUCCUGACCAUUCGGAACGUGCAGCCAAGUGAUGCAGGAACCUAUGUGUGUACUGGCUCCAACAUGUUCGCCAUGGACCAGGGCACAGCCACACUCCACGUGCAGGUCUCAGGCACUUCAACUGCUCCUGUGGUCUCCAUCCACCCACCACAGCUCACCGUGCAGCCUGGGCAGUUGGCUGAGUUCCGCUGCAGUGCUACAGGGAACCCCACACCCACCCUGGAGUGGACAGGGGGUCCUGGCGGCCAGCUCCCUCAGAAGGCUCAGAUUCUUGGUGGCAUCUUGCGCCUGCCAGCGGUUGAACCCUCAGAUCAGGGCCAGUACCUGUGCCGUGCCCUCAGCAGUGCUGGGCAGCAAGUGGCCAGGGCUAUGCUCCAGGUGCAUGGGGGUAGUGGGCCCAGGGUCCAGGUGAGUCCUGAGAGAACACAGGUGCAUGAGGGCCGCACCGUCAGGCUGUACUGUAGAGCUUCAGGUGUGCCCAGUGCCAGCAUCACCUGGAAGAAGGAGGCGGGCAGUCUGCCCCCACAGGCCCGGUCAGAGAACAUGGACAUCCCCACACUGGUCAUCCCAGCCAUCACGCCUGCCGAUGCUGGUUUCUACCUCUGUGUGGCCACUAGCCCCACAGGCACCGCCCAGGCCCGCAUUCAGGUGGUGGUACUCUCAGCCUCAGGUGCUAGCUCAUUGCCAGUCAGGAUCGAGUCCUCAUCACCAUCUGUGACUGAAGGGCAGACACUUGAUCUCAACUGUGCAGUGAUGGGGCUGACGUAUACCCAGAUCACAUGGUACAAGCGAGGGGGCAAUCUGCCUCCCCAUGCCCAGGUCCACGGCUCCCGGCUACGGCUACCCCAAGUCUCACCAGCAGAUUCUGGAGAAUAUGUGUGCCGAGUGGAGAGUGACUUGGGACCCAAGGAAGCUUCCAUUGUGGUCUCUGUUCUCCACAGCACCCACUUGGGCCCCAGCUACACCCCAGCUACUGGCGGCACUCCACCCAUCCGCAUUGAGUCUUCCUCCUCCCAUGUGGCCGAGGGACAAACCCUGGAUCUAAACUGUGUGGUGCCUGGACAGGCCAAAGUGACAUGGCGCAAGCGUGGAGGCAGCCUUCCUACCCGACACCAGACCCACGGCCCCCUGCUGAGACUACACCAAGUAUCCCCUGCUGACUCGGGCGAGUACGUGUGCCAUGUGGUCCUUGGCUCUGAACACAUAGAGACCUCUGUCCUGGUCACCAUUGAACCUUCUGGCUCCAUCCCUGCCCCAGGACCCAUCCCACCUGUCAGAAUUGAGUCUUCAUCCUCCACGGUGGCUGAAGGGCAGACACUGGAUCUCAACUGCAUGGUGGCAGGGCAGGCCCACUCACAGGUCACAUGGUAUAAGCGUGGUGGCAGUCUUCCCGCCCGGCACCAGGUCCGUGGCUCCCGCCUAUACAUCUUCCAGGCCUCCCCAGUGGACGCGGGAGAGUAUGUCUGUCAGGCAGGCAGUGGCCAGGAGGCCACCAUCACAGUUACAGUCACAGGCACCCAGGGGGCCAACUUUGCCUAUCCCCCAGGUAACACCUCACCCAUCCGCAUUGAGCCCUCUUCCUCCCACGUGGCCGAGGGGCAGACCCUAGAUUUGAAUUGUGUGGUUCAGGGACAGGCCCACGUCCAGGUCUCAUGGCACAAGCGUGGGGGCAGCCUGCCUGCCCGGCACCAGACCCAUGGCUCCUUGCUGCGGCUGUACCAG